UCUGAGUUUCAUUGAUUCUAUAAACAUUCUUCUUUAAGCUUCUAGGAUUUGCAGAAAAAUGGCUCUCCACUACCAGCUAUCCUCCCUCUUACUGCUUGCAUUUCUCAACUUGUGCUUCAUCCAUGGCCCGAUAACUGGAGCAACUGCACGUCGUCUUCUAGAGACGCCCCUCCCCGAGAUUCCUAAACCAGAGUUCCCUAAAGUUCCAACCUUGCCAAAGCCUGAGAUCCCAACUGUGCCGAAACCUGAGCUUCCAACCAUACCAAAGCCUGAAAUACCAGCUGUCCCAAAGCCUGAGAUUCCUAUUAUGACAAAACCUGAAGUACCAACUGUGCCAAAGCCCGAGCUACCAUCCAUCCCGAAGCCCGAGUUACCGACUUUACCAAAGCCUGAGAUCCCAGCUGUGCCCAAGCCUAAGUUACCAGUGGCCCCAAAGCCUGAGUUCCCAACUGUGCCAAAACCCGAGCUUCCUGCUGUGCCAAAGCCUGAGAUCCCAGCAAUGCCAAAACCCGAGCUUCCUCCCCUGAAAAAGCCAGAAAUCCCAACAGUGCCAAAGACCGAGGUUCCUCCAGCAAUGAAAAAGCCUGAAGUUCCAGCUUUGCCAAAGCCUGAGGUACCAAUUGUGCCAAAGCCAGAAAUCCCCGAACUACCAAAGCCAAAAAUCCCGGAGCUACCAAAGCCAAAACUACCAGAGCUUCCAAAGCCCGAAGUCCCAGCUAUGCCAAAGCCUGAAAUCCCAGAACUGCCUAAACCAAAAGAGAUACCUUUUCCUUCACUUUCUCCACCACACAAACCCGCUACUCCUUGAGUAAUUACAAUACUGUUCACUCUAUUCGAAGGCACCCAAUCGUGUUUUGAGAUUUCCAUCUUUGUCUAUGAAGUUUGCUGCGUGGGCAUGACAUGGAGAUAGUUUGGCAGAACAUAUUGGAUACUUUCUGCUAGGAGUAGAAAUUAUGAUUCUUUUAUAGCAUUUGAAUUGGAUGUACCAUGUUUCAUUGGAUGUAUCAUGUUUAUCGUGUCAGUAUACCAUAUGAGUGUUUUAUGUACUUUCAAUACAGUGUUUAUCUAUGUCACUUUUAUUUAGUGCCUAUCUUUGGCCAUA